GCUGCGCCGUGUCUUUCCGCUGAUCUCCGGUUCUCCGUCUGCACUGGAAGCCCAGCAGCUCCUCCACACGGACCGGGGCCACAGCCUCUCUCCCCCUCGCAUCGGGCUGGUUUUCGGGGGGAACUCUGCAAACAUUUCUGGGUUUUUUUUUGCCUGGAGCGUCACGAUUUGCCACCAGCGGCUUCUCCAGGAGCGUCGACACCGUCAACUUGGCGAGAAACGGGGCUUCAGGGCUGCAUCGCGUGAAUCAACGCCGCUGUUAUUACUAUAAUAAACAGUGGGGCUGCUGCCUUUCACAGGAGGCUGCUGAAGCGGCAGCAUGCUGUAGCUCCCUGCAGACGCGCGGACUGGCAGCCCGGCUCAAAAGGCAGCGCUUGACUCGGUGGGAAUGCUGGUGGCGGUGCUUUAGACAGAGGGGUUCAGAUUCACCCUGAUCUCCAUGUGACUUUGACAUCGGCCUGGCUGCUCUUCGUUGCACGACACGUUGCUGCAGAAUGGCACCCUUCCUGGAAGAGGCCCACAGGCUGGGCUGGAUUUUACUGAAGGCACUGCUGCGUUUUACCUUCAUGUUCAUCAAUAAUUGUGUUGCUAUCCCGUCCUAUUGCCUCUACCUGCUUGUGCUGCAGCCUUUGAGAAUAAUGGACAGUCAGACUUUCUGGUACAUUGAGGGGGUAAUGUUCAGGUGGUUGCUGGCGAUGGUGGCAUCGUGGGGCUGGUGUGCAGGAUAUACAGUGACUGAGUGGGGAGAUGACGUAAGGCCCAUAUCUGAAGAUGAAGCGAUGGUCAUUGUGAACCAUCAAGCCACUGGAGAUGUUUGCACUCUAAUGAUGUGCCUGCAGGACAAGGGAACGGUGGUGCGGAAGAUGAUGUGGUUGAUGGACCAUGUGUUUAAAUACACCAAUUUUGGCGUGGUGUCUCUGAUCCACGGAGAUUUCUUCAUUAGGCAGGGAAAAGCACAUCGAGACAAGCAGCUCAUUUACCUGAAGGCUCACUUGGAUAAGUAUUACUACAGCAGGGACAGGAAGUGGAUCGUCUUGUUUCCCGAGGGGGGCUUCCUGCGAAAGCGGCGGGAGACGAGCCAGUCGUUUGCCAAGAAAAACGACCUGCCAUAUUUGACCCAUGUGACACUGCCACGUCUGGGGGCCACUCAGGUCAUCCUGAAGAACCUGGGACCCCAGCAGGAGAACGGCACUCUGGGAACGGAUGGUGGACCACCCGGCCAGAGUGCUGCCAAGCCUAAAGGACUGCAGUGGGUGGUUGACGUGACCAUAGCAUACCCCAAUGCCAAACCUAUGGACAUUCAGACUUGGAUCUUUGGCUAUAGACCGCCUACAGUUACACAUGUGCACUACAGGACAUACGCCAUAAAAGAUGUCCCAGUGGAGACAGAGGCUCUGGCAGACUGGCUAUAUCAGAGAUUUGUGGAGAAAGAGGAACUUCUGGCCCACUUCUACCAGACAGGAGCGUUCCCUCCACCGAAGGGACAGAAGGAGGCAGUUUCCCGAGAGAUGACCCUCAACCCUGUGUGGCUCUGCGCUGUUCAGUCGUUUGCCUUCGUCUCUGGCUACAUGUGGUACAACAUCCUACAGCACAUCUACUGCUGGUUCUUCUCCGUGCUGUGGUGAGGAAGAAAACGAGAGAGAGAUGAGGGGGGAGUGAGAGAGGGGGAGCAACGUGGAGGAUGAAUAAAGAAAAGAGAAAGGGGCCAUAGCUGCUGACCUUCAGUUGACCUUGGAUCUGUUAAACAGCCCCAGAAACAGUCUUCACUGGACGGAUGGCAGAGUGGACGUUUGCAAAAGAACGGCAUCUGCGUUUGUUGUAUUUGACCCUAAACCCUAAACUCCGACCCGGAUUCACAAACACAAUAUAGACAGCCCUGCAAUAUACAUUCACACCCACCACUAAAUAUGUAGAAACAGAUGACGUCAUGUUUACACAUGCAUACAUACACACAUGCAAACUUACAUACAUAUAUAUUAUAUUAUGCACGUCUAAAUGUUUACUCAUGCACAUGUGGACACAUUUUUUUAUUUUAACUACAAUCAAGAAUUAGGCUCAGGAAUAAGCCAGAUAGUUUCUGAUAUUUUUACCCACCCACCCCCCCCUUUUUUUAUUUUUAUUAUUAUUUUUUUAUGCCGUGGGUAACACUAACCUGCUCUUCUCCUCUUCUGUUCAUUGAGAAGAGCUUCCAAAGGAUCUUUCAUCUUUCUUUUUUUCCCCCCCAUCUCUUUUCGCCCUCCGUACACUGAGACUGAAGACGAGGGGAACCUCCGCAGAUCGUCCUCCGGACUUUCAUUGCACUAUAGAUCUGUACCGCCUGUCCUGUAUCCGUGGAAACAGCCCUGUCGUGUGCGUUCUGCUUACGUUUUUGUUUUGGUUUUUUUAAUAAUUUUUUCGUCGGUGUUUGUCCCGUGUUCGUCCGUGCGCUAAAAUUUCUCGUGUCUCGUGCGUAGACAGUAUUGCGAGAGCCGACUGAAUGGUUGUUCAUGUUUACACUGGCCGCCCGUUGGACGGAGUACACGGAGAUCAGCCCGUCGCUGAUUGAUUGAUGGCUAACUGCUAACUCAGUGGAGGGGGGGCCUCAUUCGUUCCCCUCUGCCGCAUACAUAAACACGCAGGGACAUCGGAGUACUCACCGAACUGCUAGUAGACAAGCUGCGGAGUCGAUGUAUGUGCCCUCUCUCUCCCUAGUCUACAUAUAUUUUGGUGUUUUACAGAUAUAAUUAAGCCAUAUGCUUAGUGUCUGAGGGCUGAUGGAGAAGAUCUGACUCUUCUGACUGGACGAUUGACUGAGUAAUGUUGAAAAUGCAGCAUUCUGCAAAGAAUAUAGGAAAAAAAGAAAAAAAAAUUAGGCUUACAGGUGUCA